AUGGGGGCGACGGGUGUGCAGUGGCCCAUCGUCGAGGCGUAUCUAUCGGGUGGUCGGCGAGCAAAGAAUCUUCGCAACGCGAUCGGGAAGUUCAAUAUCGUCUGGUCGAGCGCGAUUGUGCUUGUGUACUGGAUGAUGGCGCCGCUGCUGGAGAAAAAUCCGUUCCUGAUUGUUUCGCUGCUUGGUGGGUUGCAUGUGAUUAUCGCGUUCUUUAUCGCGCAGCUUCCCAAUGAGCCGGCAAAGCAUGUGGAGGAGGAUCACGAGCCGCACCCACCGGUGUAUGUGCCAUUGCUGCGCGUGUUCCGGAUGAUGUUGAUAGCGAGUUAUGUGAUCUUGUCUGUCAUGAUCCCGCUGAUGCCGAGCAUCGAGGCAAGACUGGGACUUGAUGAGCUCUGGUGGACACCGAUCGCGAGCACCUGGCUCACGGUGCGUGUGGUAUUUUUCCUUGUGUUUGAGCGUUGGCACGGCUGGCACGGGCACUGGUGGACGCCUUGGCUCGGGAUGAGUGCGAUGAUUCUUGGAUUCGCGCUCGCGAUGCUCGCACCGACGAUUGGACUUCCGAAUGCCGAGGGAUUGAAUGUUGUCGGUGUCGUACUGCUCGUUGCUGGACUGUCUCUCGCUGGAGUGGGGAUCGCGGCGACUUAUUACGGCGCUCUCUACUACGCGAUGGCGGUCGGCAACGCGGAUGUGGAUGCGGGCGGAAAGCAUGAGGCUCUGAUAGGGGUCGGAUACACCGUUGGACCUUUGUGCGGAUUGUUCGGUGGGAUGAUGACCGAUGGACCUGCUGGAGUGAUCGGGAUCACGAGUAUGGUGGUGCUGAUGAUGGCGUACACCCAAUGUGGGUCAACACGGUUCGGACUGUCCGAUACCAUGCGUGCGUACCCAAGUUUGGUGCUCGAUCGCUUGUUUUGGUCUAUUCAGCCGAUCCACGAUGCAGUUCUGUACCUUUUGAUUGGGUCUUUCAACGGAGUUCACAUGAAGCCAACCAAAUCCAUUCUUCUCGCGGUCCUCGGGACCACACUCGGUCUGAGCACGCUCCCGGCGAUUUCUGGGACUCCGACCGAGACUCCUAUCACUCCGACUCCGCAAAUGGUGUGGGACAAAGCGUUGCAGGGGGAAGAUUCUGGGAUCGCGGAUCUACUGACUCCUGAUCUUUGGAUGAGCAGCGCGGAUGCGGACUUCACCGAUGCGCUGGCGCUGCUGCAGCAGAACAUCGUGAAGCGUGAACAGACACGCGGAGAAUCAAUUGAUGAGGCGAACGAGACGCUCGAUGAGCAUCUGGCCAAGUUUGACGAGAACGGUUCGUACAUCGAGCUUUCCAAAGCACUCAGCGCCGCGGUCGCGUUGCAACUGCUCUAUGACAACGAGGAUGUCUUCUUCUCGGAUGAGAAGAUCUCGCGAUUGAUUGAUCAGUCGAUCGAGGCCGCGAAAAAAGCGGAAUCGAAGGGUGAUUGGUUGAUCGCUUCGGAGCUGUUUUACCGGCUCGAUGCGAUCCACGAUCAAACGGGAACCUUCAAGGACGAUGUCGAUCGUCUGACGCGUCGUUUGACGAUGAUCCGUCUGUAUGUUCCGGAGCGAUUGUGGGAGCUGCGCAAUGAGCGCCGGCUUGCGGAAGAGCUUGAUGGGCUUCCUCCAUACAACUCGUACGGCGAUCUAUACACAGACAAACUCCAGGGGAUCGAUUCGAUCACGGUGCGUACAGCGAUCCAGCGUGCCGCAGCGCAGCACUUGUCGCGUCAAUCCAAGGUCGAUCCGAGUGGAGUCUCGAUGAAUGAUCUCAUCGUCGGCGGUAUCGAUGCGGUGAGCACGAUGGCGACGACCACCGAUCUGUCCGCGGCGUUUCUUGGAUUCGCGGAUGAUCGGCAGCGCUCACAGUUCAUCCGCGAGCUCGAAGCGAUCCGUGCGAAAUACGCGGACAACUCUCGUCCCGCGAGUGCAUACGACCUGCGUAGAGCGAUUGAUUCGAUCAUGUCGGCUUCGCGUGAUUCGGUGAGUGUGAUGCCUGAGGCGUUGCUGCACGAGUUUGGCAACGGAGCGAUCGCUCAGCUUGAUGCGUACACCUCGAUAAUCUGGCCCGACGAGGUCGCUCGGUUCCGACGCUCGACUCAGGGUGAGUUCAUCGGCGUUGGUAUCCGCAUCCAGCUUGAUGAGCUCCAGAACAUCACGAUUGUGACGCCGCUCGAAGGAACUCCCGCUCAGCGUGUGGGUCUGCAAGCGGACGACAUUAUUAAAAAGGUCGAUGGCAUCUCCGCGGUCGGUCUGGGACUCGAUCAAGCGGUCGAGGUCAUCACCGGUCCUCCGAACACUGAUGUCACGCUGACGGUUGAGCGCCGCAGCGAGGACGAGACUGGUGCGGAGACUCUUGAAGAGAUCGAGUUCACGAUCACACGCGCCAAGAUCGACCUGCCAUCUGUGAAGGGUUGGUCGAAGAACGGCCCUACUGAUGACGACUGGGAUUACUUCCUCGAUCGAGAUGAGGGCAUCGGGUAUGUGCGACUGACUGGAUUCACUGAGGAUACGACUCGCGACUUUGAUCGUGCGGUUGCUUCGAUGAAAGAAGAAGGACUUAACGCGCUCGUGCUUGAUCUGCGUUACAACCCAGGCGGGUUGCUUGACCAAGCGGUCCAGUUGUCGUCGCGAUUCGUUCCGCAUGGGAUGGUUGUGAAGACUGUCGAUGCCGCGGGGAUCACGCAGGAUCGUCAGGAUGUCCGCUCUGUGAAUCCGAAGUACUCGGUGCGGGAUAUCCCGGUCGUGGUCCUCAUCAACGAGGGUUCUGCUUCAGCAUCUGAGAUUGUCUCCGGAGCGAUCCAAGCGGGCGCACACAAAGGCAAGAACAAGGCGCUCGUCAUUGGCGCUCGAUCAUUUGGCAAGGGAUCGGUGCAGAAUGUGUACAUGCUCCCAGGCGGUUUGUCGGCGAUGAAACUGACGACACAGCACUACCAGAUCGAUUCGCCUCGCAUGAUCCACAAGAUCCCUGGCGCGACGGAAUGGGGGAUUGAGCCGGAUCUGCACGUAGAGAUGCUCCCGAGCCAAUCCGCGGAGGCGUUGCUGCUCCGGAGGGAUGCGGAUAUCUUCCCGAUCGAUCAGUUUGGCAACGAGAUUGUCGAUGCUGAGCGUCCUGAUCCGUCGACAUUGAUCAGCGACGGGAUCGACCUCCAGGUGCAGACGGCUCUUGUGCUUCUCCAAUCGCAGGUCCAGGAUUCGAUCGCGAAAACGACGAUGAAGGAUUGA